ACUUUAGUUCCAAUCUGGUCAUUUCUUAUUUUUAUUAAUUAGAAGACACCCAAAGAAAGAUACCACAAAAUACAUCCCAACGCCCGCAACUGUCCUCGCAUCCCAAACCACACACCACAUCUCACGCGCUCUCUCCUUUCUCGGAGCGCUAACCCUAGAAAAAGCACGCUCGAUCGACCCCGCCCCCAUCGCUCCCCCAAGAAACAAUUCCUCCAUCUCGCUUCCUCUCCUCCUCCUCCUCCUCCACCUUCUCCGCGGAUCUUACACUUUUUUUUCUUUUUUCUUUCGUUUUUUUCGGUGUUCAUUUUCAGGAAGGAUGGACGGGUUCCGUCGGCGGCUGAGUUCUUCUUCCUCCGAGAUCUUUCCUGCUGGGUUUUGAUUCCUUUUUUUUUUCCUCUCCCGAUCUAAUGCCUGUUUUCUGUUCUGGAAUUAGGGUUUCCCAUUCGGUUCCCUCCUGAGCUCUCGAUUUCCCCGCGCGGUUUCAGAUUGGAAGCUGAUCGUCCGGCUUUUGAAGAUUAGCUUAAGUUGGGGUGCAUCCACUAGAGAGCAUGUCGUCGCAAUAUCCUGUGCUUAACAACAAACCCAUUGAUCAAUGGAAGGUUACAGAGUUAAAAGAGGAGCUGAGAAAAAGAAAGAUCCCUGUAAGGGGCCUGAAGGAGGAGUUGAUAAGGAAGCUCGAUGAGGCAAUACGCAAUGAGAUGGCUAAAGAGGAGGAAUCGGUCAAUGCCUGUAAUCCUGAUUCAGUUCAUGAUGAUGGUGAUCAAGUGCAAUCAGAAAAGUUGGUAGAUAAUCAUACCUAUGUUGUUGUCGAUCCAACUGGAAAAACGGGCUCUGAUGCCCUUGCAAUUGACAUAGAUAUCAAUCAAGACAUCAGUUCUCAAUAUGCCAUAACAGCUACUCCAGGAUUGGAUACAAAAGUUUCAGAAACAAAGACUAAUGUGGUUUCACUGGAAGACAGUGGAACUGAAACUCAGACGGUGAUUACUCUGUCCGAAUCAAGUAUCCAAGAUGCAAGCCCCAAAGAGAUGCAUGAUGAAGAAAAACAUGAUGAAGAAAAGCAUGAUGAAGAAAAGCAAGAAGAAGAAAAGCAAGGCGAAGAAAAGCAUGAGGAUUCAACCGGCUCCCGUGAGGAUAUCAAGCUCAACCUUUCGGAACCAGACAAUCAGGUACCUGUGGUCAGCCCAGAUUUAGGUUUCCAAGUUAAGUGUGAGUCGAUUCCUAUUGAUUCUGUGUCAAUUAUUGAAAAAAAUAGUCUAAAGGAUAAUUUAAAUGCUGAUGACUUUCAUUUAGAACAAGAAGUUGUUAAGCCGGAGAUGGUUCAACCAUCAUCCAGCAGUGUCAUAGGUGGUGAUCUGCAGCCUUUGGAUGACGAUAAAGGGCCAGUUAGUGACCCAGUCACUUUGGAGGAGACAGAUGUCAAAAGUAGUAUAAACAUUGACCUCAGCAUGAAAGAAGAAAAUGUAGAGGAAGGGUCUCCAGAAAAAUUAAACUUAGAUAGGUGUUCAAGUGAUGAAUUAAUGGAAGAGGAUGUUUCUGAUAUCAAGCAUGUUGACUCCAACACUAAGUCCGAGGAACUGGAAGGAAAAACUGAGGUGAACUUGGAGCCUGCUGUAGGUGGGGAAACCAGUAUUGAUGGUGGUCUGGGUGGCUCCAUGCCAGAAAAGAAAGAUACUGUUGUUGAAGACCAUAGGAAGCCAGAAGUUCCCGCUCAGAAGAGGAAACUAGAAGACCGAGAAGUUGUUGGAAGCAAUGGGGCUCCUAAGCGGCAACGCCGUUGGAAUGCAGAAACUGUAAAAGUUCCUGAACAACAAACAUAUACUCUUAUUACAUCAAGUCCAUCUAAGGAUGCAUUUCAUCUGACUCCUAGACGCACACUCACGAAGUCUGUUCCAAAGCCUGUAGAAAAUUCCCAGAAGGAACGCAUUGUGCCACCAUCCCCGAAACCAGCGACAACUUCACUGAGAAUUGACAGGUUUUUGCGUCCUUUUACUCUAAAAGCAGUGCAAGAGCUGCUUGCAAAAACUGGAACUGUCUGCAGUUUCUGGAUGGACCACAUCAAGACCCACUGCUAUGUGACUUAUUCUUCUGUCGAGGAAGCCACUGCAACCCGAAAUGCUGUUUAUAACCUCCAGUGGCCUCCCAAUGGUGGAAAUCUUCUGGUAGCAGAGUUUGUUGAUCCCCAGGAUGUUAAGGCUCGUGUCGAGCCCCCACCUCAAUCAGCAGUACCGAUAAGCCCAAACCCAACCACAGCUAAGGUUACAAACUUUCAACAACCUCAGGCAGCUCAACCCCCUACUCGCCAGCAUUCUUUCAGGCAGCCGCUACCACCCCUUCCUACACCAACAUUAUCUGACCUGCCUGCUGCAAGGGAGAGACUUCCCCCACCUCCUCCAUUGAACCCAGAACCACCAGCUUUAACACUCGAUGAUCUAUUCAAGAAGACUAGAGCUACCCCAAGGAUCUAUUACCUACCCUUGUCUGAAGAAGCAGUGGCAUCUAAGUUUGCAGCACAAGGCAAAAACCAUAAAGGACAAACAAGCCAAUAUUAGCCCCAAAGCUAUUACUUUUAUCGUUCGUUUUGAAGUCUUGUGGAUUUUAUCAACUAGUCAAAUGGUAUGUAUUUGCAUCCGACUCGGGGUGGUUUAUACACCUGUUCUUCGUCAGCAGUCUAGUGGUGUUUCAGGUGGAUCAAUGCAAUCGUCCACUGCCUUGUGAGAAACGUUUUACUAGCAAGAAGGUAUCCUGUGGCUAGGGAACACAUUACAUGGAUGAUAUGCUGAUAAGAGAACUGUAGUGAAAUAAAAAUUAGGUUUCUUGCUGAGUA